CGCCAGAUCUAAAAGAUGGGCCUUGCAGGGACUGCUGCUGCUGUUGUAGGAGGUGCAGUAGUUGCUGCGGUUGGGGCUCCUGUUGUUCUAGGAGCCAUAGGUUUCACCUCAGCUGGAAUAGCAGCAGGCUCCUAUGCUGCCGGCAUGAUGUCGACUGCUGCAGUUGCUAACGGAGGAGGAGUGGUAGCAGGAGGUACAGUGGCUGUUUUGCAGGCAGCAGGUGCAGCUGGUCUGUCAGGAGCUGCCACUGCAGCUUUAGCUGGAGCUGGAGCAGCAGUGGGAUGGCUGACUCGCUUCAUCCGCUGAAAAUACAGAAGGAACAAGAUUAAGGCGAUUAUUACCAAUAUACAUCAGUUAAUAUACUAAACAGCACUUCUGAUUUCAGACAACUGAAAUGUGUUGUGCAAUAAAUCUGUGUAA